GUGCUGUAGAGGGCAGAACGACGUGCAAUACCAAGGAUAAAGGGUUACUAUUGGAAACGUGCGGUUCUAUCAAACAGUUCUACUGCGCCGGGCAACCGGGUUUGGGCGGAAGAAGACGCAUUCAACGUGCGCACGCGUAGACUCGGAGCCCCGCCCCCCGCAGUGCUCUCUGGGAAGGAUUUUGAAAUAGCGGCGGGAGGACUGUACUGAGCUGUGGUGUCUGGUUCCGGGGUUCUUCAGAUUGCUCUUCAGUAUGGAGUCCGAGGAGAGAAGCUCCCGGGGUUCCGGUGAUGUCAGCACCGUGUCCCGGGUCCAAGAGGACUCAGAGCUGGCCGACAAGUAUGAACGAUAUGUUCAAAAAGCAAAGCAAGAAGCGAAGAAUGGGAACUUGUUAAAGUCCAUAGAAUACUUUCAAAAAGCGGACACCAUACACCCCAGUGAAAAGCUAAAAGGUCGAAUUGCAAAGCUUGAAGAAGCUCUCAAACAGCUUGGUCUCCAAAAUGAGGAAGAUGAUGAAUUUGUAGAUGUAUUAGGAAGUGGGCUAAUGCUCUAUAGAGAACUUUUCUACAAGCUCUUUGAACACCAACAAGAAGGUGUUGCAUUCAUGUACAGCCUUUACAGAGAUGGAAGAAAGGGUGGUAUUUUGGCAGAUGAUAUGGGGCUUGGAAAAACAAUCCAAGUUAUCGCCUUCCUUUCUGGAAUGUUUGAUGCUGAAUUCACUAACAAUGUAUUAUUGAUAAUGCCAACAACUCUAAUUAGUAAUUGGGUUAAAGAGUUUGAGAAGUGGACUCCAGGCAUGAGAGUGAAUGAAUUCCAUGGUACUAGCAAGAAGGAGCGGUCCAGAAACCUAGAGAAAAUCCAGAGAAAAGGGGGGGUUCUUAUAACCACCUAUCAAAUGUUGAUAAACAAUUGGCAACAGCUUGCUACGUACAAUGGAAGAGAGUUUGUAUGGGAUUACAUCAUUUUAGAUGAGGCCCAUAAAAUUAAAUCAACAUCAACAAAGACUGCCAAAUCCUGCUAUGCGAUUCCUGCUAAAAAUCGCAUUCUUCUUACAGGCACCCCAGUCCAAAAUAAUUUGCGGGAGAUGUGGGCCUUGUAUGACUUUGCUUGUCAGGGGACACUCCUGGGAACUGCUAAGACUUUUAAAAUGGAGUAUGAGAAUCCAAUAACUAGGGCCAGAGAGAAAGACGCUACACCAGGUGAAAAAGCACUUGGACUAAAGAUAUCUGAGAACCUUAUGAGAAUUAUUCAGCCUUAUUUUCUCAGGCGUACGAAGAGUGAUGUUCAGCAUAAAAAGGCUUCAAAGCACCCUACAGCCGAUGAGUCAAAUAAUAAAAUCUGUACAAUGCCUUCCCUUACAAGGAAGAAUGACUUGAUAAUAUGGGUCUAUUUAUCAUCAAUUCAAGAAGAUGUGUAUCGAAAGUUUAUAUCGUUGGAUCAAAUCAAGGAAUUGAUGAUGACAACCAGAUCCCCUCUAGCAGAACUAAACAUUCUUAAGAAGCUCUGUGAUCAUCCAAGACUUCUGUCUGCAAGAGCCUGCGUUCAGCUUGGAUUGGAGGGAGAUGGCGCAGAAGAGGAUGAUAUUGAGGCUGUCACAAAGUUUGACCACCUCUCUGAUGAGGCUCUUAUAGAAGAGUCCGGAAAGCUUGUACUUUUGAUUGAGCUCCUUAAUAAACUCAGAGAAGAAGGUCACAGAACUCUUGUCUUCUCACAGUCAAGAAAAAUGCUUGAUAUGAUUGAUCGCAUCUUGAAUAACAGAGGCUUUAAAAUCAUGCGAAUUGAUGGGACAGUUUCUCUUUUAGAUCGAGAGAAAAGAAUAAGUAUGUUUCAGACCAACAGGAGCUACUCUGUAUUGCUGCUGACCACACAAGUUGGAGGUGUUGGAUUAACCCUAACUUCAGCUGACCGCGUUGUGAUUUUCGACCCCAGUUGGAAUCCAGCUACUGAUGCACAGGCUGUCGAUAGAGCUUACAGAAUAGGACAACAAGCUAAUGUAGUAAUAUAUCGACUCAUAACUUGUGGUACAGUAGAGGAGAAAAUAUAUAGGAGACAAAUCUUCAAAGACUCCUUAAUAAGACAAACAACUGGUGAAAAGAAAAACCCCUUCCGUUACUUCUCAAAGCAGGAACUAAAAGAGCUCUUUUCUCUAGAAGACACUCGAACCUCUUCCACUCAGAUUCAGCUUCAAAAUAUGCAUUCUUCACAAAGGAAAACAGACACAAAUUUAGAUGAACAUAUAGCUUAUUUGCAUACUCUACCCAUUUUUGGAAUUUCUGACCAUGACCUAAUCUAUAAUCAUGAAAUAUCCCAAGAUGAUGAAAAUGAAGAUGAGGAUGUAUGUCAGUACAUUCAAGAUAGAGUUCAGAAGGCUCAUGAAUUGGUACAAAUGGAGUCUCAAAUGAAUGAGCAAUUAAUGGAACAAUUAAAGAAGGGUUCAGAAGGUGCGUGGCUUAGACCCAAUACUUUCCCUGAAAAACCCAAACAAAGAAGCCUUCCUAAUAGUAAACCACCAGCCCCGCCUCCUGAAAUUGUAGAUCUUACUGAGCAUGAGAUUUCAAAUAUAAGUGGUCAUAUGACCAGUUUGGUAAUAGAAGAUUCAGAAGAAAAUCUUCCUAUGGAUUCAUUUAAAAAAGAACCACAGAAUGAUGUGAAUCUGCACAUGGACAGUUUGAUCAUUGAAGACUCUAGUGAAGAUGGUCUACCUUCUGCACCUCCUAAUCGUGAAACCUCCCAGAACGGCCCCCAGACCAGUGUGGUACUUGGCGAGUCUUUUGAAGAAAAUCUGCCCCGGGUUUUAUUUACAAAGGAAUUAAAGAGAGAGAGUGCUGCGCACACAACCAACUUGAUACCUGAAGAUUUUGAUGAAAAAGACACUUCCGCUCAGCAUCAGUUAACAAAAGAAUCACCCAGCAUGGGAGUUGGAGGUCCUGUAUUGAAUGACCAUUCUGGAAUGGAGAACAUUAUUUCACCAGUUCACAGUUUGGGCAAUAAUAAAAGCGCAAACAGUUCUCCAAGUUUUGUCAUUAAAGCAGAAGAAUCUGAACGCCCAAGCAUGGAAGAUGGUAAUGGAAGUCUAAAAGAAGACACCAGCAUGCCUCUGUCAAAGUCUCAAUUACAAUGUGAUUUCAACCUAAUUCUAGAAGAUUCGAUGGAUAAUGAUCAACAUUCUGCCUCUGUCGAUGAAAUGGAAAGUUUAAUGGAAACCUCCAUGGCUCCAUUGAGGGAAAAUCUACUAGUACUGGAUGAUUCUGUUGAAAAUAUGAUCCAAGAAGGGAACUGCUUUGAGAAAUCUAUGGACGAUAAAAGUACAAAUAGAAGUGUAAACAUGGAGUACUCAAAGCAAAAACUUGAAGAUGAUUUUAAAGGUACAGAAAAUAUUCAGAAUGAAAUGGACAUGCUAAACUUUUCUCAAGAAAAUAGCAUUGGAAAAGUUAGUAUAAUUGAUGUAGAGGAUAGUGAUGAAGAGGAGAUUCCCUUCUUCACCAAUCGCAAAGCCACCAGGAGAAUCUGCUCUGAAAGUGAAGCAGAAAGCUCAGUGUCUGUAAAUGAUGAGGAUGAGAUGGUGUUCUCUCCAUUCAACAGCCCUUCAGUCAAAGCGGUGAUCGCUUCAACGCCAAAGGUAGAGAAACGUUUGUCUGACAAGCUGUUGCAUCAAAGGAGCAGUUUUGGAAGGCGCAGGUCUAUUGCCUCAAGAAGGUCUCUAGUUCAUGUAGCUGUAGAAGAGGCAACAGACAUUCAAGAAAAUAUUACUGAUGGAGAUGAUGAAGACAGUGAAAAAGAGGAGGAAGAAUUGGUGGCAGAUGAAGCUCAGGAAGCUGACGAAGAACAACAUGAACAUACAGAAGAGGAGCCCCCUGGUGAAACCCUCGCCCUGGAGGAAAGUUUACCAACAUCAGAAGAUUAUGAAUCCGAUAGUUUUGUUGCCAAGUCAUCUUCUACUGAAGAGGUAACAGAGGAGUCUACUGGUGAAGUGGAGCUGCUUUCUGAUGAGCAAGUUGACUUUCUAGCUCUAGGAGUGAAAAAUCAAACUAAUGGUUUUAGUCAAGAAGACAGCUACUCCAUACUAGUGAAACGGGGCAAGGAGCUUAAAGAUGGUGGACACGUAAAGGAAGCAUUAGACUGUUUCUUAAAAGCACUUGAUAUUAAAUCUGGAGACCCUGAAGUUAUGAUGAUUACUUUGAGUUUGUACAGACAACUAUCUUAACGUAAAAAAAAAAAAAAAAUCUAGUUAUAGUGAAAGGGGGGGGGGGGGGGGAAUGUAAUAAACGGCAAAAAUUCAUGCAGUCUGCCGUUCAUUAUGAAUGGAACUUAAUAAAUUCUGAAUCUGUUCAAAAUGCACACAAUUGACAAUUUUUUUAGGUUUUAAGCUGAGUUUGAUAUAUUCAUUUAGUUUACCAUCUUUGUUGCAUUUUACAGUAAUAAAAAAAUUAAAGGGGUACUCUGGCCCUAAGACAUCUUAUCCCCUAUCCAAAGGAUAGGGUAUAAGAUGUCUGAUCGUGGGCGUACCACCGCUGGGGACCCCCUGCAAUCUCUCAUGCAGCACCCACCUGUCUCAGCUGCACGAAGCGAUGAUCGCUCCAUGUCCGAAGCCUCACGACCACAGGCUGGAGUAUUGUGACUUCACAACUCUGCCCCCUUGUGACAUCACGCCCAGCCCCUCAAUGCAAGCCUAUGGAAUUGGGCCUGAUGGCCAUCAUGCCCCCUCCCAUAGGCGUGACUUAACACUACUCCGACCCCGUGGUUGUGAGGCUUCAGACAUGGAGCGAUCAUUGCUUCCUGCAGCUGAGAUAGGUGGGUGCUGCAUGAGAGAUUGCAGGGGACUCCAGCGAUCAGACAUCUUAUCCCCUAUCUUUUUAGGUAUUAUCUGUACAUAUUUUGUAAGCAACUUGUUAUACCUAAAUAUUAUACCUCUACAUUGUACAAAUGCCACCAAGCACUUUCAUAUCAUUGUACUUUUUUCUUAAUGCAUAAAAAUUCCUGUUUGA